AAAAUACUGUUUUUUUGUUACACAGAAAAAUUGUUUAAAACUAGUAAAUAACUACCAAAGGUAGUCAUAAAAAACUGAAAAUAUUACAUUACGUUUUAAAUUUUAUAUUAUCUUUAAAUCGAAAAGAGAAGGUUCAUUUAUUAAUUUCGAGCUUAUAUUUUUGACCAAACGAUGAAACAUAUUUUUGACCCAAAAAAAUGUUUCGUACGUAAAUACGAAAAUAACCAACAAGUUAAGAAAUAAAAUUAGCAUGCAAGUAAUGGAGUGAGUCGCCGCCAUGAAGAAAAAGAAAAAGAACAAAGCGAAUCCUGAGUUAUGGUUACGAUUAUUUGCUAAAGAAAGUUAUAUUUAACUUAAAAAUAUAUGUUCUUUUUUGUCAAAGAAAAAUAUGUUCGUUCGAAGCUAUUAUUAGUGUUUAUAUAAAUCCCAGUGGGUCGACAAAAGAAAAGUUCUAGUGACAUGUAAAGUAAAAAAGGCGACGACAUUUUCAGCGCGAAUUAUUGGCCUUUCCUUUUACAUUAUUUAAUAAUUUAAUGUAGAAAUUUUUGGGUUUCAGAAAAGCAAAAAACUCUGAAGACCGUCCAAAUAAAAUGUUUCAGUUUUAUUAGAUCCAAUAAUGAUACUAUAUUAACUGACAAAUUUCCUUUUGGAAAACGAGGUUCAAGAUUCAUGUGGUUUGCACUCACAUGUGACCUCUUUUUCAGUUUGGAAAUAUACUUUCACCAGCUUGAAUGUGGCACUCACAUGGGUUUUUGUGGUAGGGUUAUCAAAAGAAAAUUUGGAUUUUUCUACAUAUUUUAGCAUUACAAUUUUUGUUGUUCAGUUAGCGUGGGUUAGUGACAUGUCUUUUUUGCCAGAUAUACUACUUACUAGACCUGUUAGUGGUAGUUGGAGUCGUGUUUAUGUUUUAGAUUUUUUUUUCAUUAGAAAGCUUAGUAUGGAUGGGUCAUAUUCCUUAUGUAUGGAACUACCGUAUAAAUUGUAAAUCGGUUAAUAUUGAGACAUACUAGGUUUUGAAAACCCUUCUUUGUCUUAAGAAAAGGGUACUGUCUUCAGUUAUUACAAAAUUACUUUGAUUUCUUAAAGUAAAAGAAAACUCUCUUUUUUGUUCGUUAAUAGAAAAUCAAAGAACUCUCUGUCGGCGAGGUUUUGUUGCCGUACAUUUGGUGUUAUUAUAUAACGUUUAUUUGACGAAAAUUUAACUAAAUUAUAGCAUAGUGCCAUGCCUUCUCAUCAAUGUGCAUGCUUUUUUGUCGUUUUCGCUUUGAUUCAGCGUUUAGUUACCACCAUUUUGGUCUUUGGUCUCUUACAAAUUAAAUAUAAGUAAACAUCUGUAGCGGCUAACACUCCUAUUUAAGCUAAGCCUUGCUCCAUCAGUUGAACUCCUCUCUUAUUUUUCCUUAGUUCUUAGGCAUCAUUAAAACUCUUAUAGAAUCUCAUUUUCUUUUGUGGCUUUCCACAUAUUCGAUUUGUAGUCCCUUUUUCUCACGUGUGUCAUAACAAACUCAGUGUCUUGGUUAAUAGAGAUGAAUAAGUACACAUUUAACCCACCUGAGGAUGAGCUCAUUAACUACUACUUGAACAACAAGAUCACAGAAAAUGAUGAUCCUGAGGGGAAACAAAUAAACGAGGUCAACAUAUGUCACCAUGAACCAGCAGAUUUACCAGGGCUGGCGAAGAUAGAAUCGGGUCACACUUGGUACUUCAUAUCUCCGGUAAAGAAGUUCGGGAAACUCAACCGAAGGAAGAGGGCAUCAAAGACAGGACACUGGAAGAUAACGGGGAAUAGCUGUACGAUUAAGGACACUGAUGGUAACCCUAUCGGUUUAAAGAAAUUUCUUGUGUUCCAAGAAAACAAAAACAGAAGAUCAUCUACUUUACUACCCACCACAGCCCAUCAACACAAGUUCACUUGGAUCAUCCAUGAAUUUCAUUCCUUUCUCCACCACCCCAAUAAGAUGUUGACGCACCACAAGGACCCUGUCGAAGAUUAUGGUGGAGACUACUGUAAUGACUUAGAAGAGCUAACCCAGUCAUGGGAACAAGGUGAAUCCAGCGGUCUCCUUCGCGGAGAAAAUGGACACGUGUACGGACAAAACACCGUGGAAAACUCGAAUGUGAGAGCACCUUCAACGCAAAUACCCAACUUGGGUUUCCUAUUUUUUGUUUUUCUUUUUUUUUUCUUGUCUGAUUUAAAAAAAUUAAAAAUGAAACAAUCGUGGACCGCCAUGUGUCAGUGAGAACCGCGAAACAGUGCAAAAUAUGUCGCUUAUUUCGCGACAAAAAACAACCGUCUCUCCCUUUUUAGUGGGUCUCACACCACAUUUUCUCCUAAAAACCCUCUUUGCAUUCCGGGUCGAGGGUGCUCUAAGUGACACAACUUUGAGAAAAAAAAAAUGCUUUCUUAUUUUAUUGUUAUAGAAAAAUGAAAUAAAAUUACUAUUAUAGGGUAAAAUAAAAGUAUUAAUUAAUUAUGUUACAAAAAGUUAUUUUAUAUAUUUUCCGCAGCAUUUGGAAAUCAGCGAAGCAGUGAUGGGGCCCGUAACGUUUCCAACUCCCAACACCGACCAAAUCUAAAUAAGUUAACUGAUUGGGACACUUGGGAGUAUCAGACUACACGCGCCGCUCUUACUUCUCAACAAAGGCUCAGUUUCAACUGCUUCGAGGACUUGAAAACCAAAAAGCGGCCAUCAUUUGGAAUCUUUGGAUCUCUUCUACUUUAGUUCUCUUUCGUCUGUCUUUCUAUUGAUAUUAUUAUUUGUAUUGUACCCUUCCUUUUGGCGUUAUUGAUAUUGUACUAGUUUAAUUUCACGAUCUCCUACGAAUAUGUUACUCCCAUCUUUUUUAUUUUCCGUCAAGAAUUUAUUUGAUUAAAGGACCGAGCCCAAAACAAUACAAAAUCCAACCAGGACAAUCUAACCCCACAAACAUAGGCCGAAAGCCCAAUUAGAGAAACCCUAGAAACAAAACGAGGCGCCGCCGCAUCGAGCCACGACAUCACCCCCUUCAAGCCACCACCGGUGAACCAACCAUCGAUUCACCGGAACACACCAGUGCUCAUUAGUUUCACACCCUCUUCACCGCAAACGCCUUCGACUCAUGUGUUUCCAUUAUCGGAGAGCAUCAAUCGCCACUUCGAGAUCUCAUCCGCCUCCCUUCAUCACCGAGAAGAAAGCUUCUCUCGAAACAUCACCCUUUACCACCGGAGAGCUUCGAUCGUCCUCCGACGAGAGCUCAUCCAUCGAAUCCAACCCGAAACUUCAUAAACAGAGAUAGAAAAACCAAACCCUAAAACGGAAAUAGGGAACCAAAAGCCGGCGACGCAAGGCAAAGAAAGCCUUCAUCCCCCGGAGUCAAAAGCCGGCGAUAACAGAGCUGGAGAAGCCUCCACCUCCCGGUAACAAGGCCGGCAUCAACGGAGCUGUAGAAGCCUCCACCUCCCGGAAUCGAAAUUUAAUCUGACAAGCCUACUUCACCACACCAAACUCUCCACACGAUCACAUCGUUACUCCAGACGCAUCGCCACCAUUGAUGUCGGUUCACUCCCCGAGUUGACGACGACGGAUGGGGACUGGACCAGAGCUCAGACAAGGCGGUCAGGGAGAGGAUGCGAGGGAGAAGCAGGAGAAAUACCUCAGCGGAAGAACGAAGGACUCCGGCGACGGCACGCUCGCUCACGCGCCGGCCGUACGCCGGACCCAAAAAUAGAUCUACUUUCUCUCUCUGGAACUUUCUUUUAAUCUCCAAACUUCUAACAACUGUAUUUCUUAAAAUGUUUAUUCGACUUUUUGUUUAUAUGUUACUCCAUCUAUCCAUCUGUUUCAUUAUAUAAAUAGUUUUAUAAACAUUUAUUGUUUGAAAAUAUAAAUAAUUUUAACAUUUCAAUACAAUUUUUGUAUUUAUUAAUUAUUGUGUGACCAAUUAAAUUAUAUAAACUUUUGUAAUUGGUUAAACUUAUAUAUUAAAUAAUAUUUUUUUUUAACAUUAGUGAUGUUAACUUAAAAUUAUUUACAUUUUAAAACAGAAAAGAGUAUAGUAAAUAACACUGAGGGGUUGCAAACAAGAUUUUGAGGUAGCUUUGCACUGUUCCUGAAUUCUGUAAAUAAAAUCUCUCCUGCUAAACCAGGUGAAUAAGAACAUAAGUUGCCCCAAGAAGUCUAUUUACCUUGUGGCGUUGUUGAAAUGUUAGAAAGAAAAGAAGACUACGUUACUUUUAAUUAGAAAAGAGGGCAAAUAGGAUUCCAAUUGCAGACCCUGUCUAGUUGACAUUUUAGAUUUUAAUUAAAGAAUCUAAAAUCUCUCCUGCUAAAACAGACACAGAGUAGUGACGUUUAUUUUUCAUAUUACUGCAAUUAUCAUGUGACAGACUGACAGUAGUAGUAACUACUAGUCUACUACCAAGAGAGUACGAAAGUAUCUUCAUUCUCGAGCUUGUCUUCUCA